AUGUACAGCUCACACAGUUUUCUUUACUUGGGGGUGCUGAUAAUGGCAGUGGUCGCCAACAAGAUGCUUGAUGACUGCAUAACAAAAAAACCUCUGUAUUCUAUGAACGUUGUGCUGCUGGAGGACAACACAUAUGCGUGGAGUCGGCCUUUUGUGGAGGCAGCUGUGAAACAAGCUAUAGCAGAGGACAGUCUGAAGAAUGCUGCGCUUGGAUUAAACUUUAAUUUGACGGCUAACUACAAUGGAUUCAACACCACCGUGUACAACCGGCAGGGCUGUGGGAGCAGUAGCUGUGAGGGUGUGGCAAUACUCAAGAAACUACAUGAAAAAGAAGAAGUUGGAUGUGUGAUGCUUGGUCCUUCCUGCACUUAUGCCACCUUCCAGUUAGUAGAUGAAGAAAUUGGCCUGAAACUGAGUAUUCCUGUCAUCUCUGCUGGAAGCUUUGGUCUCUCGUGUAACUAUAAGCCCAAACUGACCCGAAUCCUGCCUCCGGCGCGCAAGAUCUCAGACUUAUUGCUCCAUUUUAUGAAUGAAACCUUAGAUCCAGUCAAACCUCACCAGUGGCAGCAGGUCAAUGUUUACAAGAAGUCGACCAAUGCAUCUGAGGACUGUUUCUGGUACAUCAAUGCACUAGAAGCAGGAUCUGCCAGCUUUGCAUCAAAUAUAGAAAGAAAAAUGCUGCGUGGGGAGGAAGAACUGUUUAAAGCUCUACGUGAUCCUAAAAGAUACAGUAACAUUUUCAUCCUAUGUGGGGGCAGUAAUGACAUAGUUUCAAUAAAGAAAGAAUUCGGACCAAUCGACCCAGACAUCAUUUUCAUCCUCCUUGAUAUCUACAACCCUGAGUAUUAUGACAAUAAAACAUCCAUGAGGGAAAUGGAGAACGUCCUGGUGAUCACUCUGCCACAGAGAAACUACAAUGGACCAAGUCCAUGGAAUGACACGAUAAAUGACUAUGUGGCUGGGUAUCAUGAUGGAGCUCUGCUGUUUGGAAAAGUGUUAAGAGAGAGGAUGCUCAGUCAGCGUAACAAAGGGUCUGUUGAUAUUCCGCUGAGUGACAACCCAUUUGCAAAUGUCUCCUUUGAUGGCAUGGGUGGACACUAUGUGCUCGAUGAAUACGGUGACAGAGAUGCCAACUUCUCCAUCAUGUACACAUCAAAAGCCACCUUUGAGUAUGAAACCCUCUUCGUGUUUGACACUUCAAUAAAUGAAACCACAGUGAUAGACACAAAUCCUGUCCUGUUCUGGAAAGACAAUCAUCUGCCUUCUGACAGACCAGAAAAUCGAAAUGUUCUUAAUCUGCAGGAUGUGAUUUUGAUCGUUCUGAGCGUCAGUGUUGUGGUGGUGACAGCCAUCGCCCUCAUCUUCUACAGGCAGAACAGAAAAGAACGUCUCAUGCAGAAGAAGUGGUCUCACAUUGAACCUCACUUGAUAGGUCCACUGGAUGAAAAAGAGGUUUAUCUGAAGAUUGAUGAAGAUAAGAGGAAGGACAGCACAUACCAGACACAUCGAGGCCGCUAUGACAAGAAGCCUGUGAUCUUGAAAGAGCUGAAACACACAGAUGGAGACUUCAGUGAAGACCAGAGGAUUGAGCUCAAUACUCUGCUACGGAUUGAUUACUACAACCUGACCAAGUUCUACGGCACAGUCAAGUUUGAAUAUGGUGUCUUUGGGGUGUUUGAGCUCUGUCAGAGGGGCUCCCUUCGGUACAUUCUGAAUGACAGGAUCUCCUAUCCUGAUGAAACCUUCAUGGACAUGGAGUUCAAGAUAUCAGUCAUGUAUGACAUAGCAAAGGGGAUGUCAUAUCUCCACUCCAGUAACAUAGGAGUUCAUGGCCGACUCAAAUCCACAAACUGUGUUGUUGACAACCGCAUGGUUGUUAAGAUCACUGAUUUUGGCUGCCACACCAUCCUAAUCCCAGGCAGAGAUCUGUGGACAGCCCCAGAGCAUCUACGUAUAAAUGGCGUGUCUCAAAAAGGUGAUGUGUACAGCUAUGCCAUCGUUGCCCAUGAGAUUGUUACGAGGCGAUGUCCAUUCUACACACAGUUUUGCUCUAACCGUACAGAAAAGAUCUACAGAGUUCAGUUCCCAAGUGAGAGGGGCAUCUUCAGACCUGACCUCAACUUUGAUGGUGCAUUAGAGAGGGAGAUAGAGUUGUAUAUGCUCAUAAGAAACUGCUGGGAUGAAGACCCAGAACGGAGACCAGAUUUUAAAAAAAUAGAGAUGACUCUGGGUAAGAUUUUCAGUAACCUGCACAACCAAGCCAGUGAGACAUACAUGGACAACCUGAUCCGUCGGCUGCAGAUGUAUUCCAAGACUCUGGAGAACCUGGUGGCAGAGAGGACAGCUUUAUACAAAGCUGAGCGAGACAGAGCUGAUCGCCUUAACUUUAUGCUUCUUCCUGGGCCAGUGGUGCGUUCACUGAAGGAGACGGGCCGAGUGGAGCCAGAGCUGUUUGAGGAGGUGACCAUCUACUUCAGUGACAUUGUGGGAUUCACCACCCUCUGCCACUACAGUACCCCUAUGGAGGUGGUGGACAUGCUAAAUGACAUCUACAAGAACUUUGACAGCAUCCUCGAUCACCAUGAUGUGUACAAGGUUGAGACAAUAGGAGAUGCUUAUAUGGUUGCAUCAGGUUUGCCCAAACGCAAUGGUGACAGGCAUGCAGUGGACAUUGCCCACAUGGCCCUGGACAUCCUGGCAUUUGUCGGGACUUUUCAGCUGCAGCAUUUGCCUGGUAUUCCACUGUGGAUUCGCAUCGGUGUCCAUUCAGGACCUUGUGCAGCUGGAGUGGUAGGGAACAAGAUGCCACGAUACUGUCUUUUUGGUGACACAGUUAACACAGCGUCACGCAUGGAGUCCACAGGCCUACCUCUGAGAAUUCAUGCGAGCCAGUCCACCAUCAACAUCCUAAAGAGGACAAACUGUAAGUUUGAGUAUGAAAAGAGAGGAGAGACGUAUCUCAAGGGCAAAGGAAAAGAGAUGACAUACUGGUUAACUGGAGUAAGUGGAGGAAGAUACAACCUACCAACACCACCAACAGCAGAAAACUUCCAGCGGCUUCAGCAGGACUUGGCAGAGAUGAUCGUGUCCAGUUUAGUAAAACGCGGGGAGGGCACAGAGGGCUUUGAAAAGAGGAAGACCCUGUCCACCAGAGUGCGUCGGAGGGACACUAACAGUAGCCUGCAGAGGGAUGGUCCACCAGAGUACUUCCACCUGGCUGUCACUGACAACCCCACUACCUACCUGUGAUUCAUAGAGGAGCUUUCUGUACA